CCAAUAAACCUUUUAAAAAACGCUUUUCCGUUUUUUAUAUCCAAAAAACUAAAAAGCGUUCGUGACAGAUGCAAAAUGAGAAACGGGCGGUUUUUUAUCAAAAAUAAAAAACCCUUUUCAGUUUUUGUCGAGUUUAAAAUACCAGCUGAAAAACUCUUCAGCUUUUUAGCUAGUUUUUUAGACUCGACAAAAAACUGAAGAGAUUUUUAGCUGGUAUUUUAAACUCGACAAAAACUGAAAAGGGUUUUUUAUUUUUGAUAAAAAACCGCCCGUUUUUCAUUUUGCAUCUGUCACGAACGCUUUUUAGUUUUUUGGAUAUAAAAAACGGAAAAGCGUUUUUUAAAAGGUUUAUUGGUCCCAAUAAACCCUUUUUGAUAGUUUAUUAAUCUACGACUAUUUUUUACAGUGUAGUCGUUUAUUCCUACGAUCGCCGCCUAUUCUUAGCUAUAGCUAAACAAAAUGAUCUUAAUUUGGAACAUUUCACGGUUAUAUGGCUUAAUUAAAAUGUAAAUAAAACUGAUGAUUGUUCAGAUACAUAAUAUCGUCCACGUCACACUAUUGAUUAUUUAAAAGUAUUUGAUUCAUCAGAUGAAUGUACUGAUUAUAAGGUGCCGGCAAUGCGAAUUUCGAGUGAAAUUUUUUUUUUUGCUUUUUUUACACCAUUUGAUAGAGUGUGAGCUGCUGAUCACGAAAAACUACUUUUUAGCUUUAGCAAAUACUUCCUUCCGGUCGAAAAAUACGAAAUACUGCGAAGAUGCCAUUUUUCGAGAAAAACACAUCUUUUUCGAAAUGUGCAAAAUUUUCUACUUUGUUCAUUUUUUCGGCUUCUGAAAAGAAUUUUUUCAGAUUCAGCAUCAAAAACUGAGUACAGACAAGUCAUGAAAUUGACUCUAGACUCAAAACUCUAUUGUUGGUGGCGCUUCGAAUCGCGUCGAACGAGACGCGUAUAGGUCGAUUUUGUAACCCUAUCUAGUUUUUCUGCAUACGUGAUGGAGCCAAAUAUUUUAUCUCAUUCGACUCAUCAUACCACCAGUCACAAAAUCGUUGUAGACAACGCAAGAACACACACUACUAAAGCAUAUUCAUUACAAGAUUUUGGUAAAAAUAUUGGUUCUCGGUGUCCGGUUGAAACAAUCGAAUAUGUCGAUGAAAAUGGUGCAACAAAAGUUAUUGAUUGUUAUUUUAAACACGGCGCAAAUAAGGAUAAAUCAAAAGGUUUACUUGAACUAUAUAAAGAUUUAGGUGUAAAACUACCAGCUAAAGUUAAAUUAGAUAAAAUUCUUGAAAUACUUUCAAAACAUCGAGCGUUUCACAAUGUUACAAAACUUGAGAUGCUGGCGAUCAAAUAUAACGUCAAGAUUAUAUACUGUCCUAAAUAUCAUUGUGAACUAAACGCAAUUGAAGGUCUUUGGUGCAAUCAAAAGGCAUUUAUUCGUUCACGUACAGAUCAAAGUUUUGAAAAAAUGAUAAAACUAAUAUCGGAUUCUCGGACACAUUUUGUCGAACGAAAAAUUGCAUUAAAAUUAUUCCGGCGUUUCUGGCGUUCAAUCGAAGCAUAUUCGCAAGCUCCAGUUUUACUCGCACGUCGGCAGCAACAGCAACAAGAAGUGUUACCAAAAGCACCACCACGAUAUGGUCGGCAACGACGACCAGCGGACUUUGCUCCAUCAGAAAUCUCUGAACUGUACCUAAUGCCGACUGCUUGGCAGCCUCGGUACGGUUCAGAUUUUAGUACUAUACCGUGUCUUUCACGAUCAGUAUCUUUCCAUAUGAAUGACAGACGUGAACAAGAAUCAUCACCGCAAGGGAUAUCAACUGAAAGAAGCCAAAUUCCUAAGACAGCAUGUGGAAGUUAUAAUAACAACGCGAAUACAGGUGUCAUACGUGAAAGUGAUGUUAUCGGUUUACCAUUGAAUAGAGCAGUAAAAGACAUGGUUGAAUUAUUUUCAAAAAUGAAUAUGUCUUCCACCGCUCGUGGCCAACAGCAAGUUAGUUGUGAUAAUUGCUCUGACAAAACAGCGUUACAUUGGUGUGAGAAAUGCGUGAAGCAUUAUUGCUCGUUAUGUGUCAGGGAAGUUCAUUUGCUGAAAGUAUUCCAAUCACAUGUUUCAGUUCCUAUUGCCGAAAAAUCAUCAUCAUUUUGCACAGUUCAUCCAGAUGAAAAGAUCAAAGAGCAUGAGUUCGUGAGGGUACAGGAGGCUGCUACAGAGGCAAAAGCCUUAAUGGAAAGGAAGUUGAGGGAAAUGAGAACAAUGAAACAAGACUUACAACAUCUAAAUAGAAUCUCCGAAGAAAAAGUGAAAGUGCAACAAAAGGAAAAUGAAAACACAAGAAAUGCAAUCGAACAUACUAUUUCUCGAAUGCAAACACUACUAGAUAUGCGAAAGCAAGUAUUAAUCAAACAAAUUGAUGAUGAUGAACGUGCUGAAAUCAGUGCACUUCAAAACCAAAACCAAUAUAUAAGAAAUAAAAUGAAUUCAGUUGACCUGAUAAAUCAUUGUACAAGAGAACUUGUCGAGAGAAACAAUAACAUUCACAUAUUGAAGGUGAAAGAUGAUUUACUGAAUAGUUACAAAAUGUUGCGACGUGAAUAUAAGUCGUUGAACUUUGAUUCCAAUACUACAACAUUGCAGUUUAACAGCGCACCUGCUACUCUCGCACAAUUUGAGCAGGACAUUUCAAAACUUGGUGUGUUGCAAUGGAAAUCAACUUCUAUCUGUUAA